UAAUUUGUCUCACAGUAAGUCAGCAAGAAGAAAAAGAAUGAGUGUUGCGAACUUCUUACCGAAAAUGCAAAAACGUUAAAAUUACAGACAAAUGUGCUGCAAAUAUGCCGUGUUUCCUAUAAAUUUACUUUACAUUUAUUUUAAUAAGAAUUUCCAACGUAAUUAUCCAUAAAUGUUUAAGACUUUCCCCAUUCGACAAAUACUCGAAACUGCAGAUCGCCUUUAUACGACGCAUUUAUUUACACUUAUCUACACUAAAGAAAAGAGCAUCGAGUUUCGAUACGGUUCUUAAAAUUGUGCGCAUAUUAUCUUUGCAUCUGCAAACGUGUGAAGGAUUACUGUCAACUGAUACAAAAUGUUUUUUAUAUCUCGGAUGACGAAUUAUUCACGAAUGUUCGAAUCACCGUCCGGCAAAAGUGAUUCAGCCAAACCCAACGAAACGAAUCUCGCGACGUCGACGUCUAUCGACGGCGUUUGUUCGUUUCUAUCUUUCCCACAUAACAUAACUGACUCUCACAUCAAUGCGCCGGGGACUGUCAAUAGGUCUUCCCAUUUUGGCCUGAUGCCUGCCUGCCUGACUGACUGCUUGCUUUUAUUUAUAACUAAUUAAAGUAGACUCAGUUGUAAGUGUCGACUCUUCUAAGACGGUCAAAUGCGAAUGUGGUCGCUAAAACGAGCGGAUUUUCGGUUUUCCAAUGAAUUAUCGAUAUAUUUUUGCCAAAAAUAGAUAAACGCGUGUGAAACCUUUUAAUUCAUAACUGUGCCUCGCACAGUUUUCGCUUUGUUCUCUUUGUCUGUAAACUCACUCGAGCUCUAACAAUGACUACUUGGACGCAAUUAGCCGUGGAGCACGUCAGCGCAAUAACGAAGGAAGAUCUUAACGCGAUACAUCGAAAAAAGACGACGACAAUAGAGAAGCUACCGGACAAAGUCCUUCUUAAUGUUUUUUGCUAUCUCUCGCAUCGCGAAAUAUGCAGAGUUGCUCGCAUUUGCAAACGUUGGCGGCAAAUUGCAUACGACACGCGUCUUUGGCAGCACGUGUCCUUACGACCAGAGAUAAGCGGACUUCACGUGAGUUCUUUGGAAAAUCUACUGCACUUAAUCAGCGUACGCUUUGGACCUUCAUUAAGAUACAUUGAAUUACCAAUCGAAUUGAUAACACAUACGGUUCUUCACGAAUUAGCCAAUAAAUGUCCGAAUUUAACACACAUGCUACUGGACUUUUCAACUGCCAUGCAAUUGCACGACUUCAGUGAGAUGCAGGCAUUUCCUACGAAAUUAAAAUACAUGUGUAUUUGUUUGUCGGAAGUUAUUUUCAUGGAAGGAUUUAUGCGGAAGAUUUAUAAUUUUAUCAAUGGACUCGAGAUUCUUCACUUAAUCGGAACAUACGAAAAAGUUGAGGAAGAAGAAGAGGAAAUCUACGAGGUUAUCAAUGUACACAAAUUGAAAUCGGCAACUCCGAAUUUACGAGUUAUAAAUUUGUACGGAAUCAACUUUGUCGAUGAUUCGCACAUCGACGCUUUUUCUUCCAACUGUAUCCAACUAGAAUGCUUAGCCGUGAAUUUUUGUGCCAAAGUGACCGGUUCGACGAUGAAGACUCUCUUUCAAAGGAGCAGAAGACUGAUAUGUCUUCUUAUGCAAGGAACAAAUCUGCAGAGUGAAUACGUAAUGCAGGUUGAGUGGGAAAAAUCAAGUAUUCAAGAGCUCGACGUUACCGCUACCGACUUGUCGACAGAAUGCUUGAUUGACAUGUUAACCAGAAUCCCUGGGCUACGUUUUUUGAGCGCCGGUCAAUUGAAUGGUUUUAAUGAUAGUGUAAUCAAAGCCUGGACCGAAGUAGGGAAUCCACGAAAUUUAAUAGCGCUAGAUCUGGAUAGCUCCGAUAAUUUGAGCGACGAUGCUUUGCACAAGUUCUUGUCGAGGCACGGUCAUCAAUUGUACGGUCUUGCGUUGUCAGGCAUGCCGCACAUUACCGACCAACUUUGGCAAAGUGUACUACCAAUUCUCACGAAUGCAAAAAUACUUGUAAUGGGUACUCAAGAAAGAUUAGGCGUCAACAUUCACGUGGAUCAAUUGAUGGAUGGAAUUGCAAAUAAUUGCCUCAAUUUAGAACGUUUGGAGUUACGAUGGGAUCCGGAAAACUUGCGAUUUUCGGACAAAAGUCAGAAAGCCAUAGAUGUCCUACGUGUCAAGUGUACCAAAUUAAAGUGUUUAAGUUUAAGCGAUGGAAGAUAUUACGAAAUCGUCAAAGCAAAUUUCGAGCGAGCUGAUAGACUGACAGUCGUUAGAACAAUUACUUGUUGCAGAGUAUCUAAUUAUUAUCUUUUGCAAAAUUAUAAAGACCUUAUCUUUAAUUGAAGCAUGUUGACGAUAGAUUUUCAAAUUGUUUUACAAAUGUUAUAAGAAAACCUUAUAUUGAUAAAUUGACGCGAACAAGUGCCUGAAUGAAAACGAUCUAAUAUAUGUUUCUUUAUGACAAUAUUAAACAGAGAUAACAUCUGAGAUAAUAAAAUUCAUAUUGUACAAUAUAAAUUGUAAUUUUAAUAUAAUAUACUGAAUAGAAAUUU